UAUGUUGCAGUUUGCACUUUGCUCCAAGCUCAAGUUCUUCGCCAUGGAUGAAAAUCCAGUUAAUUCCUCUCCGAAGAAGUAGCUGGUCGGAUUCUUGUUCGAGCUCGAAAGCAUCGACGAACGAAAGUAGUUGCUCUUCGGUGAGGAUUGGAGAGUAGGAUUCGACGUAUCGUUUUCGAAGAAAUAUCAGACUGUGUUUGAUAUUCGGCGGCAUAGAUUUCUUCCAUGCUAUCGAUCCAAUUUGGUAUCAGUUUCAGCAGCAAGGUGUUUGUGAUAAUGCCUCAUCGAGAUUUACCUAAGAAUCCGAAAGAAAGGGAGAAUGUGAUUUCUGUAGGAGGAAUCAUGGCUUGGAAUGCGUUUGACAAUGUGACUGCCACAACGAAGACGCCCGAAGCUCUAAUGGCGGAGAUCAAUGCUGCAAUUUCAAAAAUCGAAUACGCUCGAACCACCGCUUGCUUGGAAUCCGCAACUCCUCCCGCUUCACAGGAUGGGGGCUCUGGUGCGAGUUUGAUGCCUCAGUAUGAUGCUCGAAUGGCGGAUGAAGCGUACAAGGCAGGUUGUGCUGCAUUGGCUGUUGGUAAGCUUGAUGAUGCUCUUCAUUCGUUGAAUGUUUCACUCUCCAAAUGCCCGCCUGAGAAGACCUCUGCUGUUGCUAAGCUUCUGUCUCUCAUCACUCUUACGUCUCAGCAACUCCAUAGAUCUUCCAAUUGCUCUGAAAUUUCAGAAGAUUAAACUCCUUUUUUGCUGUGGAAGGUAAAGAUUUCCUGGUUUCAAUAUGUUCUCCUCCCUCUAGUUGUUCUCAAUUUUUCUUCCGAGGAUAGAAUCUCUCCCAUUGUUCUUCAGUCAUGUUUGUGUCUGUGAAUACCGAUUUUUUUUUUUUUCAUGGCCCCGUUAUGAUUUUUAAAGCUUUAAUUCACUAACAGUUUUUUAGUCUUAAAUAAUUGUUGUAGAUCAUUAUAUUUUGAGAUUGAAAUAGGUGACUUAUCUA